AUGUCUCAAUCAUCCAGCAUAGUAGGUGUUCAUUACAAGGUGGGCAAAAAGAUUGGCGAAGGUUCAUUUGGGAUCAUUUUUGAAGGUAUAAAUAUCUUAAACAAUCAACAGGUGGCAAUCAAGUUUGAGCCGAGAAAAUGUGAGGCACCACAGUUGAGAGACGAAUACAGGUCAUAUAGAAUUUUGAACAAUACGCGGGGGAUCCCACAAGCUUAUUUCUUUGGGCAAGAAGGUGUGCAUUCAAUCUUGAUUAUCGACUUAUUGGGGCCAUCUUUAGAGGAUUUGUUUGAUUGGUGUCAUCGUAAAUUUAGUAUCAAGACUGUGCUUCAAGUUUCUAAGCAGAUGAUCCAACGAGUUGAAUCGAUCCAUGAGCAUAAUUUGAUAUAUCGUGAUAUUAAACCUGAUAAUUUCCUCAUUGGAAGGCCAGAUACUGCAGAAGCCAACAAUAUAUUUGUUGUUGAUUUUGGGAUGGCAAAACAGUAUCGAGAUCCAAGGAGCAAGAAUCAUAUACCUUAUAGGGAGAAGAAAGCGUUGAGUGGUACUGCGCGGUACAUGUCAAUCAAUACCCAUUUGGGGAGAGAGCAGCUGAGAAGGGAUGAUUUGGAAAGCUUGGGACAUGUGUUUAUGUAUUUUCUUCGUGGUUCAUUACCGUGGCAAGGGUUGAAAGCACCAACUAAUAAGCAAAAAUAUGAAAAGAUUGGUAUGAAGAAGCAAACUACGCCCAUUAACGAAUUGUGCUAUGGUUUACCAAUUCAAUUUGCCCAGUAUUUGACGUAUGUACGCAACUUGAAGUUCGAUGAAGAUCCAGAUUACAAGUAUCUCAUCGGUCUUAUGGAUAAGGCGAUGGCGACCCUCGGCAUUGAGGAAGAUGGCCAUUAUGACUGGAUGGAUUUGAACAAUGGCAGAGGCUGGGACGCUGCAUUAAAUAAAAAGGCUAAUUUACAUGGGUAUGGCAAUCCGCAUCCAGCAAGAAAAGCGCAUCAAGUACAACACAACAACCAUAACACAUAUCUGCAUCAACAACAGCAAUCGCUGCUGCACCAGCCACUAUUGGGAAGAGCUUCUGCCUCCUACGACAAUUCGAGAUAUAAGAAACAUGGGUAUCAAGCAAUUCAACAACAACAACAGCAGCAGCAGCAACAGCAGCAACCAGAUAAAUUUCUGCAAUCGAUAUUAGCUAUACACAAUGAGCAGAAUCGGUUUAUGAAAAAUGGUGGUGGGAAUAGAGAUAGAGAUAGAAAUGGAGAAGAGGCAGACAUGCGGAAUAGUGGAAAUCGAGAUCUUAUUGGGGACACGUUACAUUCCGAUACUUCCAGCUUUAACAGGAAAAAAAGCCGGUCUUGUUUCUUCUGUUGCUGGUAA